AUGGCUGCCACUUCGACCCGCACGCCCCCCAACGCGUACAACUUUUACGAUGCCGACUCGCCGCAGCUGCAGCACAGAGUCUCCAGGAAGUCGUCCCGGUCGUCGUUCCUAUCGCUCAAACGGACGAAGAAGUCGGUCUCGUCCGUUGAGUCCCAUACUCCCGCAGUGUCUCCCACGCCGGGACAAUCUCGCAUCGGUGAUGAGUCCAUGUCACCAUCGUCGUUCCAUGUCUCGCAGGACCCUUCCGAAGUCAUUUUGACUGGCAUCUCGCGUCAAGGGUCCCGCCACGGCCAUCAUAGCAGGCGGUCGUCCCGGAGCCUCAGCUCGAGGCAAGAUCAAGUCUCCCUCCACAGUGCCAAAAGCAGCGAGAGACAGCGCAGCAAGAAAAAGGCCGUUCCAUCGCAAAUCGAGUCCCAGCCCUUCCCUGUCAUAGGCGGGUACGAUCCAUUCAUGCCCGAUGAUCGCUACGGAAGACGUCGCUCGCAUUCCCAGAGAGACAUAGCGUAUUCUUACCCGGACGACUUCGAAGAGCUCGCGUUCCACAACCGGCCCUUCAACACAUCCCUCGUAGACUCGGCCUCCUCAGUGCUCAGCCACUACGACGCGCCCCAGACACCUGUAGAUGACCAUUUGUUCCGGGAUCCCGUGUAUACCCUGCCGGUGGUGGUCGCUGCGCCCGUACCUGGAGUGGAGACUAUGGACGCGUUAGUGGACGGUAUGAAUGACGGAUUCAAUGACGACCACUACACCGGAUCUGGCGGGUUGUCCGGGCGGAAGAAAGUAUCGAAGACCGGUCACCACCCGCUGUACCAUCCCCCACUGCCCAAACCUCCCCCCGGAGUUGUCUUGGGUAAGGUUGGCCAGACUUCUACUCCCCAUCGCUCCCCAGACUCCGAUGAGGACGAGGAGCAGACGCAUGCGCCCAUCCGGAGUUGGUCUGAGCAGCGCGAGCACAGGAAGAAACGUCGCCCUGGUUCUGCCCGCAGCCCACCGACAGCUACGUCCUCUCACCCCGUCUAUCCCUCACGACCUGCAAGCGCUCUGUCUACGAGGUCCUCUGGACAUCCUCAUGCUGCGCCUAGCACUAGAGACCUAGCCGUCCCGCCACCGCCGUCCAUUUCGGAAAUUAUUCGCGCACAUGCCCCGCCUUCGCAACGAGUCCGUUCGCGGAAGUCGUCUUACGCUCGCAGCUUUGGACAUGAAACUGUCCAUGAGCAACCGGAGCCGAUUCCUCAGCCGUUGAACUCCGAAGGGGACGCCGACCCAGUAUCUCGGUCGUCUGUUGACACCAUAGCUGAAGAGGUCCAGCGGACCUUUGAGAGUAUACCUGCCCCAUCACCUAGCCCCCGACCAUUACAUCUGUCUCGCUCGUUUCCCCGCCUUCCCGUGUCGCAGAUCGACACUCGCAACAUGUCAUCCACUCGCUCUGAAGGCCGCCGGGAAUCCUCCAUAUUCUCCUACUCGACUACGUCUGACCAGCCGCCCAUACCUGGAUUCGACCUGUCCACCCUGACGAAGCCACCAACAAACUCUCCUUCUCAAGCGAUCGCUCAGUACCUUCGCUCCGCUCGUCUCACGACACUUCUUCCGCUAACUCGAUUCCCACACGCAUCAAAGGACCAUCCAUUGACGGUCAGUCUGUCCGACUUGGGCAGCCCGACGGGUUAUCCUGUCGUCGUCUUCCUCGGGCUCGGAUGCGUGAGGCACAUCAUGGGUCUGUAUGACGAGAUGGCGGAGUGUCUGAAUAUCAGGCUCAUCACUAUUGACCGCUGGGGUCUGGGACGGACGGACAGCCCGAGGAGCAAAUCUGCACGGGGUAUCCCAGAGUGGGCCUACGUCGUGGAGGAGGUGCUUGACCGGCUUAAGAUCGACCAGUGCAGCGUGAUGGCGCACUCCGCAGGGGCACCGUACGCUCUGGCCUUCGCUAACAAGUACCCAGAGCGGAUACGGGGCGAAGUCUGUCUCAUGGCUCCUUGGGUUGGUGGAGGAGAAGGCGCUGGCUACAAGUGGCUGAAGUACGUUCCGAACGGCAUACUGAAGACUGCACAGGCGGCAGAGUGGAAGCUCCAAGCCUGGAUGAUUGGCAAACCUCCCACGUUCCAGUUCGAAGGCAUCGGCUUCGACGCCAGCUCCCCUGUUGCAUCUCCUGUGACAUCGAGGUCUGCCGCUACUUCCCCGCGCAUGGCGUCACGCUCGGCCUCAACGUCUACGCGCAAGUCCACCUCACAUCUUGAGAUGAAAAGCGAGGCAGAUCCCAGACCGAGCAUCUCGUCAAUCGCUAUGAGCGAGUAUGACGACCUGCGUGACUUCGAUGGUUGCUUUGAAAGUCAGACAAGUCUUGAGCGGAGAAGUACGGGUUCAGACCAAAAGGGCGCAGAGGCGACACCAACCAAGCCUAUUCAACGGAAGGCGUCACGCGGCUUCCUUGGCCGGCUCAAGGGUGGGCAGCCACAGUCACCGCAAGACGGCCAUCGGAGUGGGACCAAAUUGAAGGUUUUGCGGUCGAUGAGUAGCCUGAAAGGGAAGAAGUCCGCGCCUCCAUCGCCUUCAGAGGCACCGCCAGUACCUCGGCUUCCUAUACUUCCGCAAGCUAGUGCGGAUGUCGGGCUUGGCCUCGACCAUCUCGACCUUAACGGUCUUGACAUUUCGGAUACGAUACGGAUCAAGUCUACCUCCACAUCACCAGCUGCGGCAUCCCCAUCCUCGAAGACCGCGCCGUCAAUCGAUUUCCCUGAUGACGAUCCCUUCGCUUCGCGUGUGCACGGACGACGGUCCAUCUCCCUGGGCGUCGGCCAGCGUCCUGCCAUGUCCACGCCCUCUCCCCUGCCGAGCCCGCUCCCGGAGGCGGACAGCACGCCCGCGAGCUUCCAAGCGAUGCUGGGCAACGCGCUCCUCGCCGCGUCGCAUGCCGAGUCCUCCAAGGGCACGCACCGAGACCUCCUGCAGAUCCUCAACCACGACCGGCAGCCGUGGGGCUUCUCGUACGCGGCGUACCCACACACGGUGCGUGUGUGGUACGGCGACCACGACGAGCGCAUCGCGGAGAACGCGGUCAGGUGGAUGGAAAACACGAUGGGCCGCGACAAGUGCAUCGUCAAGGUUAUCGAGGGCGCGGAUCAUGCGCUCAUGUAUAGGAGCAGCGUCGUCAUCGAGGUGUUGGAGAAUAUUUCUGAUUUAUGGCAGGACCGUGAGUGCCGCUCUACCUGA